GUGCGGUCACUACAGGCACCUGCAUUGCUACCAACAUGUCAAACUUCUUUGACACAUGACAGAUGGCCUGCCACGCAAACGUCAAAUCUGACACUGGUUUAUUUGAGUGCUAAUUGUGCGAAGAUGGACGAGCUGAAGCACAAAAUUCUCGGUCUAAUCAGCAAACAGUCCCCGAAAAUCCCGUCGAUGGGGUUUUCCGACGCCAAUUACCACUUCCCCCAAACCGAGAACCUCUCCAUUAACAGUAAAACGGUGGCGGAGACAGACAGACCCGCCGAUCAAGAAAUUCUAGAGAGCAUCGAAGCCGCCUAUUUUUCCAUGAAGGAGGACUUCGACAUUUGUAGAUUCGAACUAGGGAAGCUCCCAGAGGUCCUAGACUGCGACCAAAUCCAGCGCGACUUCAAAAACCUCAAGCAACAACACCAAGUCGUGUCGAAGAAAGUCCUCCAGUUGAUUCUAGAGCACCAAAGCGGCUGCAACGACGAGUUCGAAAAGGUUCUGGAGAUUCUGGAGCAAGUGAAAGACACUCUUGAUCAGUGUAAAGAGAGCAGGAAGCACCUAAAUGUGGCCGCGAAUCAGUUUAAGGCGUGUUUGGGGCUUCUGGCUAACUACCGGAAGCGAAAGUUGGCGCAGAAUUUGCUCAAUAACUUGAAGAUGAUUAAACAUCUGCAUAGUUUUGAUCAGAGGCUGCAGGUGCUUUUGAGUGAGGAGGAUUACGCGGGGGCGAUUAUUGAGUUGAAGAAGUGUCACAAGAUUGCCACGAAGUAUAGGCAUUUUAGUUGCGUGGCGGCGCUUACGUAUAAGUUGCAGGAGACGCUGGAGAACACCGAUGGACAACUGGAUCGAGUGUUAUCACAGACUUGCUACCACUUCGACCCCGACCGCUACGAGAAGCUCCUCCUCGCCUACAACCUCCUCGACAAAUCCGAAAUCUCCAUGAUCGACAAUCUCCACGUCCACUACAUCACAGCGAUCUACAACACCUCUCUAAAUGUAGUCCACUCCUACGUAACAUCACCAGAAGCCCUAGAAAACACGGACACCAGCGGCAAAAACCCCUACAAGACGCUCUGCCAGAGCGUCACGACCGACGUCUUCAUCCCCUGCUUGAUCAGCCUAUGCAAAGUCCUCUUCAAAAUCGUCCUCAGCUACUACCAACUCAUCAAAUGGCACUACAACCAAGACACCGACCCCCCGAACCGCCAAAAACUCGACCACAACCUCACGAAAAUCUGGGACGACGUCCAACGAAAAGUCUCGAGUCUGCUGCUAAACGCGGACUUAGCGUCCUACAAGUUCGACCAGUUCGUGCAGGUCCUGGGGGUGGUGCACCGGCUGAUCCAAGUCGGCGAGGAGUUCUGCUUGAGCAAGAGCGAGGACUUGCAGGAGUCAAUUCGGAAACAAAGCGUCAACUAUUUCAAAAACUACCACAUCCAGAGGCUCGAGGAGCUGAAGAUUUUUCUAGAGAACGAAAUGUGGGAAGUGUGCCCGGUUAAACCCACUUUCACGAUUUUACAGCUGCAAGAAUUUAAGUCGCUGAGGUCGAUUUUGAAGACGUUCAAGUUUAGGCCACCCAUGACCGGGACUUACUCCACGACCUCGACGGAUUGCUGCUCGUCGAACCAUUCCCAGGAUGGGAGCAGUAUUGUCGGGAAUUAUUUCGUGAGGUACGCCGAAAGCGGGACUCCGUUCGAUUCGGGCUUAGACGAGACGAUAAUCGAGGAAGAUAUUCUGGCGUGCGAAAAUGACGCUUCUGGAUACUUUUCCGAAGAGAGCGACGACGAAACUGAUGACAUGAGGGACUUCGAGGAUUACGUUACCGAAAAUUCGAGCCCUAUUACCAAAAAGAGGGACAAGGCGAAUAAACAGACCCUAAUUCUGACUAAUACGACCCUGUCUGUCUUACGACAAAUGGGGAAAUAUUUGCAGAUGUCGAGACUCCUGAAAUCUAUAGCGCACCAAAUUAUUAGUUGUAUGAACCAACUUUUCGAUUUUUAUCUCUAUUCGGUGCAUUUAUUUUUUGCUGCCGAUUUGACCAUCGCAAGCAACUCCCUCUACUCCAACGAGUUAAGCUCCACCCUCAAAAAAAUCCGUGACACUCUCGUAACCGAAUUCGAGGAACCGCCCACCGAAAACGGUUACAAAAUCCUAAAACCCGCCCUCUCUCCAAUGGUCGACUUGUCCAAACCCGAGCGCCUGCACGGAUUGGCCGAGCGCAUCGUGGGCGUGGAAAGCGUGAUAUUUCUAGCCAAACAGUACGAAUACCUCCAGGAAUUCCUAGAAUACUUGAUCCCCCCCACUAGUAAAACAACCCUUCAACAAUUUUUCUCACAGAAUAUAUCGAGCGCCAACGACUUAAGAAAACCGAUUUACAUGGCCGUGGGGGCGCAAGCCUUCGACUUGCGCCAGAUUUUGCUCUCCAUGUCGAAAAUCAACUGGGAAGUGAAGGAGGUGAUGUCGCAACACAACACCUACAUCGACCUAAUCCUGAGGGAAGUGCAGAUUUUCACCUUGCGCUUGGAAGAAGUGGCCGUGAAAGUCCCUGUCGUGGCCGAAGUCUCCCAUUCCCUGUGGGAGAGCAUCUCCCAUAUAAUUACCCACACUUUAGUCCAAGGGUUUAGCGAAGCCAAGAAAUGUUCAAACGGAGGUCGCGCUCUCAUGCAACUAGAUUUUAUUCAAUUCUUGACGAAAUUCGAGAAAAUGGCGGGGCUGAGGCCCGUUCCGCAUCGCGAGUAUGUCGAGAAUUACGUCAAGGCGUUUUAUUUGCCGGAGGGGGAGCUGGAGAAGUGGAUCAAGGAGCACACGGAGUACUCGUCGAAGCAUCUGUUCGGUUUGGUGAGCUGUGCAUGUCAGAAUAAUAAAAAGACGCGGCAGCGGCUGCUCCAGGUUAUUGAGGAAGUGGAGAGGCAGGCGGAGAGGUAGCCGAAGGUGGGAGGGCUCCGGAUAAUCAAUGUGAUAUUAUUAGAUUAAUUUAAGAAGACUAAUAGACAGGUAUUUUAUUUUUUAACACAUUUAUGGCAUUUUGAUUGAGUUAUUUUUAUUUGGCACAAAGUGACAUAAUAAAGACGGAAUUGUUGAGA